GGGGCACCAAGCUGCCAAAGGUCGGUUUCCGAGUUCAUUAAGCUUGUCUGCGACUACCAUCGUCUCCGUUCCGCGUGCCAUGGCAGAGGCGCCGCACCACCACAAGCGCCGCUCCUGGUUCCACCCCUCGCGCCCGAGCAGCAGCAGCGGUCGCCCGUCUUCCAGCAGCGGUGGUCGCUCGCGGCCCGGGAGCAGCAGCGGUGGGAGCGGGAGCUGGUCGAUCUCGCUGCCUACCCCGACCGAGGGUCAGCAGCUCGAUCUCUCGCGUCCCGCCACCCCGGCGACCGAGCAUGCCCCGCCCCACCACGGCGUCCCAUUCACGCGCUCAGAGACCUAUGACUCUUCUUCUUCUAAACAGGGCGGCGAUGACAACAACAACAAGGAGGACGGCUUCCAGCCGCUCGUACGCGCGCAGUCCGCGCAGCCACAGCUUUCGUCGGUGCGCUCGCACGAGAGCAGUACUGGCAAGGGAUCGUUCGGGAAGAUGUCGCUGACGUCGAUGCUCUCGACCUUGUCACUCUCGCGCACGACGAGCUCGCUGAGCCUGGUCGAUAGCGCGAAGAACGAUCGGGACAAGAAGAAGGAGAAGGACGAGGACUCGCGCGGCCGAUCCAUGUACAAGAGCAAGGGGCGCUCCGCAUCGCAGACGCCGGCACCCGAGAGCGAGCCAUCGUCGCGCAGCGUCUCCCGCGCGCGCUCGAUGUCGCCCUUCACCUUCCGGCGCAAGCGGCGCGAAUCCUCUCCCCAGCCACAGGCGAUCCCACUUAGCCAGUCCGAUGUCGACGUAUCAUCUGACACUGCAUCCGUGCGACCUCGCACAGCCUUCCAGGACGACGACUCCGGCGACGAGACGGAGACCGGCCCUGAUGACGACUCCGAGGAUGAAUGGCCGGACGACGAAGACGAUGUAUUCGACCCCGUCACGGAGGCAAACACCGAGCGUAACGCGCAGAUCGCGGAUUUGCGCGUCGCGGACGGGGAUCUCGAGCAGGAGCCCGAUCCCCUCGGCGAGGGCGUGAACGUCGUAGUCCCGCCAGAGCCGUAUUUCCCGACUACCCUCAACUCGUACUCGUCCAACUUAUCGACCUCGGCGUCGGUGCGGGGGAAGCGCAACCCGCGCCGGAGGCGCUCGAUGAAGCCCAUCGAACCCCUGCCGUUGGACACGUCGCGUCCCGUCUUCCAGCGCGACCGGUGCACGAUCACCCUAACGCAAGGCGAUCCCGACGCGAAGCUGGCUGAGGUCGGGAGGCGAGCGCGGAAAUAUAUCGUGGCGAGCGAUCUCAGUCAAGAGUCGCGAUAUGCCGUCGAAUGGGGCAUUGGCACGGUCUUGCGAGAUGGCGAUGAGAUGAUGAUCGUGACGGUCGUGGAGAACGAAUCGAAGGUUGAUCCAGCCAUCCCGAAUGCGGCUGACAGAGCGAACAAGCUGCGCUCGCAACAGGAGCGUCAGGGACUGGCAUACAUACUCGCGCGUCAGGCGACUUCGCUCCUACAGCGUACCAAGCUACACGUCCGUGUUGUCUGCCAGGCCUGGCAUGCCAAGAACAUGCGACAUAUGCUGCUAGACAUCGUCGACUACUACGAGCCCUCCAUGCUCAUUGUCGGCUCGCGCGGUCUCGGGCAGAUCAAGGGUAUCCUCCUCGGUUCCACCUCCCACUACCUCAUCCAGAAGUGCUCUGUGCCCGUCAUGGUCGCGCGCCGCCGUCUCAAGCGCCCGCCGCGUCGCCAGGCGCACCUCGCGAAGCACCGCGCGCACGUCAGUCUCGCGGAGGCCGCGAUCGACCGUGUCGCGAGUCGCGUGGACGACGAUGUGCAGACGAUGCGCGAGGAGAUCGACCGGGAGACGGUCGAGGCGGAGCGCGAGAGGCAGAGGCAGGGAGGCGGUAUCGGCGCCAGCGAGUCGAAUCGGCGAUUGGAGGACGAAGAAGCCACUGGAUCCGAGGAAGAGACGGAGGGCGAAGGCGAGGACGCGCCGAAUGAAGACGAGUCGGGUGUGAAGGUUGCAGGCGGGGAGUAAUGGCGACAAGCUGAGGACAAAGGGUGGCGAGGGUUUGGUGAAUACAGUGAAGGGCAGAACGCAGGACGCUGACUCCAGAACUAUGUGAGAGCGUCAUAAUAGUGGAGGACGAACA